AUGUUGGCCUUGGGAUUGGAAGCGGGAUACGACAACAAGUAUGCGGCUGUGUCAUUUGGAGACAGCGCAAUGACCAACUUCGACUUCAAAGCCUAUCCAGAAGCAGGGAGGCUCAUAAAGCAGAUUCCUUACUUAAGUGGAAGCACUAACACUCAGGCUGGGCUGAAGGAAGCGAAAAAGGUGUUUGAAGAUCCCGCAUCAGGAAAACGUCGUGGCGUGACCAAGAUUGCUUUCCUUGUCACUGAUGGGAGGUCCAACAUCGAGUCUGACAAGACCAUACCCAACGCCAACUUACUGAAGAGCUCUGGCGUGGAGAUUUUCGUGGUUGCUGUUGGUAACUACAUUUCAGGAAUCGAUGAAAUCGUGAAGGUAGCUUCACCCGAUCGCGAGAAACACGUGUUCCGUGUAGCUGACAUGUCGGGAUUCCUAGAUGUUACCAAAUUGGCUUAUGACUUGGUCGCUCCUGGCAAGUACCAGGUUGUUGCAGGCCAGUAUCAGCCCCUUUGUUAA